UAGUGAGAUAGCAAGUGGUGUCAAAGCAUAGCUUCCUUUUGUACCCAUAUCAUAUCGAAAUCACUAUCGCAAGUGGAUUUCCGUGAAUGAGCAAGUGGCAGCUACAGUUAUCACGAGUAAACGGUAAUCCGCUUUCUCAUCUAUACUGCCUGUGACUUUUGUGGCAUAUGGAAAGAUAGGUAACACUAACGUUUGUCAAUUUCAGCGCUAGCCACUUCCCUGUCACUUGCCUUGAGUCAGAAAGGCCUAUUUCGCUUGCCCAUCACCGCUGUUCUCGUGUAGUGCAACACCGGAAACCUUUCCUUGUUUACGGGGCUAGGAUAGGGGGUUGACUCCGGAUAACUCCAACCCAACAACCCAGAGGUGGUGUAUUUUCAGGACUGGCAAAAGUAAAAAGGGGGCUGUGGCGGCCGUCCCCCGAGUCUUGUGUACAACUGGACCCUCAGCUGAAAAGGUCUGCUGGGUGCGAAUCCGCAACAGAAGUGUGUCCUGCCCAGCUGGGACUCGAUGGAGGAUGCUUGUUAACUUUACUGGUACUUUGCCCCUCUGCUCGGCCGAUCGGCGCCCCCAGUAGCACCAUGAUGACUGGUAGCCAAGGCAGGAUCGACCACAGACGCCUCCACAAGUCCCCCAAAUGAUAUGAUAGUAGCCACCUGGAUUGCAUUCUGUGCCAGCAGGAGCCUCGCACGGGUUCUGCGACUCACCGUAGAACAGCUGCACACGCUACAGUUUUGGCAGACCCUCGGGGCCACCGGAACCAUGGGGAACAGCUGUGUUUGCAGAGAGGACAGUGACGUGGAGGAUGGAUCAGCGCCCCGGCGGCAGCUCAGGCGCGGCGACCACACGGCCGUAGAGGCGACGGAGGCUCGGGCUAGCCGCCCACGGGACCCGGUUAGGCCGCCCAGACGCGGCCGAGGACCGCAUGAACCUCGGCGAAAAAAACAAAACGUUGACGGCCUGGUACUAGAUACAUUAGCCGUUAUUAGGACUCUGGUUGACAAUGACCAGGAGCCGCCGUACUCAAUGAUCACACUACACGAGAUGGCCGAGACAGAUGACGGCUGGUUGGAGGUGGUCCAGUCUCUGAUUCGGGUCAUCCCUCUGGACGACCCGCUUGGGCCCGCGGUGAUCACACUGCUGCUGGAUGAGUGCCCUCUGCCCACCAAAGAUGCUUUGCAGAAGCUAUCGGAGAUGCUGAACUUGAGCUCAGCUGUGGCGCGUCAGGAUGCCCUCAUCCCCGCCAAACACCGCAACACCACCGCGGUGCUGGGCUGCCUGGCCGAGAAACUUGCCGGUCCAGCCAGCAUAGGCCUCCUUAGCCCAGGAACCCUUGAGUACUUACUGGAGUCUCUGAGCUCAGAAGCACACCCCACUGUCAUGCUCUUUGCUCUCAUCGCGUUGGAGAAGUUCUCUCAGACAAGUGAGAACAAGGUCACAGUGUCGGAGUCGUGCAUCAGCGAUCGGCUGGCGGUGCUGGAGUUGUGGUCGGAUCUCUCGGACUACCUGAAGCGGCAGGUUGGGUUUUGUUCCCAGUGGAGUCUGGACAACCUGUUCCUGAAAGACGGUCGUCAGUUUACGUAUGAGAAGGUCAACCUGAGCAACAUCAACGCCAUGCUGAACAGCAACGACGUCAGCGAGUAUCUGAAGAUCUCUCCCAGCGGUCUGGAGGCUCGCUGUGAUGCCUCAUCCUUUGAGAGUGUCCGCUGCACGUUCUGCGUGGACUCUGGCAUCUGGUACUACGAGGUCACGGUCAUCACCUCGGGGGUCAUGCAGAUCGGCUGGGCCACCAAGGACAGCAAGUUCCUCAACCACGAGGGCUAUGGGAUCGGGGAUGAUGAGUACUCGUGUGCUUAUGAUGGCUGCAGGCAGCUGAUCUGGUACAACGCUCGCAGCAAACCUCACUCCCACCCCUGCUGGAAAGAAGGUGAUGCCAUAGGCUUCCUCUUAGACCUCAAUAAGAAGCAGAUGAUCUUCUAUCUCAACGGACAUCAGCUUCCCCCAGAGAAGCAAGUGUUUUCAUCAGCCACGUCGGGCUUCUUUGCCGCAGCGAGCUUCAUGUCUUAUCAACAGUGCGAGUUCAACUUUGGGGCCAAGCCGUUCCGCUACCCCCCGUCUGUCAAAUUCAGCACCUUUAACGACUUUGCCUCUCUGGCGUCUGAUGAGAAAAUCAUCUUGCCAAGACACAGACGCCUGGCCCUGCUGAAACAAGUGAGCAUCCGAGACAACUGCUGCACCCUGUGCUGUGACCAAAUGGCUGACACUGAGCUCAGACCCUGUGGACACAGUGGUAUUUGCAUGGAGUGUGCCUUACAGCUGGAGACGUGCCCGCUGUGUCGCCAAGACAUCCAGACGCGUGUCAGACUCAUCUCUCACGUGUCCUGACACCCUCCCUCCCGCCACCAGCACCACCCUCCCCACCACCCACCCAAUGUUACUGACGGACAAAGUGACUCGGACAUUACCCCCGCCUCCAUUCUAAACAGUCUCCUCUGUCCAGCAGGAUCAUGAUUUCAGGGUUAGGCACUCCGCGGUCUGUCAGCCCACUGGAAGAGAACGGGAGAGGAAAACAAAGAGGAGAAGAAGAAGGUGGAUGUAAGCGGUAAGAAAAAAAAGGGCGGGAAACUGUCCCGCCCCCUCCCCAACCCCCGAAGUGCUGCACAGAGCUGCAGGUCUGCUGUCUGUGUGCGUGUGUGUGCGUGUGUGUGCGUGUGUGUGCGUGUGUGUGUGUGUGUGUGUGUGUGUGUG